CGCAGCUCCUCUGUUGUCCGAACUGCUGUCAGAUAGCUCGUCGCCCGCCCGUCCGUGACCAGAUAUGGCUUACAUUGCUCCUAUACACCGGCCGAGCAGCGUGAGACAUGCGCUUCAAAUCCGAUUGCUCUCUAGCGACGAGGAGAGCCUGGUCCUGGCGAAGGCCAACCGCAUAGAAAUAUGGCGAGUCGCCGACGGUCUCCUGACCAUGGCCCACUCAAAGGUCAUCUACGGCACCAUCUCCAUGCUCCAGAAGCUCCGCCCCAAAGAUUCGCCCACCGACCUCCUCUUCAUCGGCACCGACAGGUUCCAGUUCUUCACGGUGGCAUGGAACCCCAAGACGAACGAGCUAGACACGGUGCAAUCGUUUGAGGAUAUCGGGGAGAGACACAUGCGCGACUCCCAGAGUCAGGACAGGUGUCUGGUGGACCCCUCGGGGAAGUACAUGGCCAUGCAUCUCUGGGAGGGUGUCCUCACCGUCAUGCGGCUACUCAUGAGGAAAGGGACAACCCUGACGCUGGAGUGGAUGGAGCAGGUCAGGCUCACCGAGCUGUUUAUAAAGGCCAGCACCUUCCUAUAUACCGAGACGGGCCACCCGAAGAUAGCAUUCCUAUACCAGAGCGACUCCGAGUCAAACGACUCCAAGCUGGCGACCUACAGGCUCACCUCGGACGACCGGGACGCCGUGGCGUCAAAGUUCGACGCACUGAGGGACAGAGAGAUGUCGAUGGACAUACCCGAUUCCGGCGCCGCCAUGUUGAUACCCGUCAAGAAGGUGGAGGAAGAGCUCAAGCGUCACAACGUGCGGAACCCCUCAUCGGCCAAGGCACAUCUGGGUGGCUUGAUCGUCCUCGGAGAGACGCGUUUGAUAUAUAUCGACGAAGUCACCAAGGCUACGGUUGAGGCGGGUCUCAGUGAAGCAUCCAUCUUCGUGGCCUGGGCCGAGUACGAUGCGACGCAUUACUUCUUGGCCGACGACUAUGGCAGCAUGCACCUCCUCACGAUCCUGUGCGACGGCGUUGUUGUGACAAACAUCGACGUGAGCUACAUUGGGAAGACUUCGAGGGCAAGCUCGUUGGUCUACCUGGGCGACGACCUGCUUUUCGUGGGGUCACACUACGGCGACUCCCAGCUCUGGAGGGUCGACUUCGCCUCGGAUGCAGGGAAGUACUUGCACCUGGUACAGGUCAUCCCCAACAUCGGCCCCAUCUUGGACUUUGCAGUUAUGGAUAUGGGGAACCGCGAAGGCGAUAGCCAGAUGGGCAACGAGUACUCGUCAGGUCAAGCAAGGAUCGUCACGGGAAGCGGAGUCCACAAGGACGGCACGCUCCGGAGCGUCCGCAGCGGAGUUGGUUUAGACGAUAUCGGCAUCCUCGCGGACCUGCAAGACGUCCGGGGGCUGUUCUCUCUCAGGUCACACGGUGCUCAAAAGAUCGAUACCCUCGUCGCAUCUUUUCUUACAGAAACGCGGAUAUUUAAGUUCGACCCCGAGGGGGAGGUCGAAGAGGUCGAGCAGUUUAACGGAUUCGACUUCGGCCACCAGACGCUGCUGGCAGCGAACGUGGUGAACGGGCGGCUCCUCCAGGUCACAACAGCCGGCGCGAGCCUCGUCGACGCCGAGAGUGGUGUGACGGUUGCGUCAUGGGAGCCACGAGACGGCCAGACAGUUACGAAUGCAUCGGCGAAUAGGAAGUGGCUUCUGCUGUCCGUCGACGGCACCUCUUUAAUAUCGCUGAACGUCCUCGAGGAUCUUCAGUUGGUGCAGCAGAAGGACAUCAGUGAUAACGAGCAGGUCGCGUGCAUCCACGUGGCUCCUGACUUGGAAGAUGUCGGCGCGGUCGGGUUCUGGGCCUCCGGGACCGUCUCCCUGAUAAACAUGGCGACUUUGCAGGCGAUCCACGGGGAGGCACUUCGAAAGUCGGAGGACAGCGCCUCUAUCCCGCGUGAUAUUGUUGUUGCGCAAGUAUUACCACCUGACGUGGCUGGGCCAACCUUGUUCGUUGCCAUGGAGGAUGGCAAUGUAAUCACAUUUAGUAUCUCUUUAGCGGACCUCUCCCUCUCCGGCCGGAAGAGUGUCAUCCUGGGCACCCGGCAAGCCCGCUUCCAUCUUCUGCCACGGCCGGACGGCACUUACAACGUCUUUGCGACAAGCGAGCAUCCAAGCCUGAUAUAUGGGGCAGAGGGAAGAAUAGUCUACUCAGCAGCGACUGCAGAGGAUGCCACGUGUGUCAGCCCCUUCGACACGGAGGCAUACCCCGACUGCAUUGCCGUGGCCACCGAGUCCCAGCUCAAGAUCGCGCAGAUCGACGACCAACGGCGGACUCACGUUCGACCCCUAGAAAUGGGAGAAAUGGUGCGCCGGAUCGCGUAUUCCCCAAGUGAAAAGGUCUUUGGCCUCGGUUGCAUUCGGCGAGACCUUAUCCGCGGCGAGGAGGUCAUCCGGAGUUCCUUCAAGCUGGUGGACGAGGUUGUCUUUGACAAGUUGGGGAAGCCGUUCCCACUCGAGACUGCGUCUGCCGUCGAGUUGGUGGAGUCCGUGAUUCGGGCAGAACUGCCGGAUGCUUACGGCAACCUGGCGGAAAGGUUUAUUGUUGGUACCAGUUUCUUACCGGACCCCGACGUCGGCGCCAGUAGCGACAUUCGCGGUCGAAUUCUAGUCCUCGGGGUCGACCCGGACCGGAGCCCCUAUCUUAUUGUGAAUCAUGAGUUGAAGGGAGCGUGCCGGUGCCUCGGGGUCAUGGAUGGCAAGAUUGUCGCCGGGUUGACCAAAACUGUGGUCGUCAGCCAGUACGAAGAGACUUCGAAUGCCUCAGGAAGGUUAAUUCGACUCGCUUCAUACCGCCCGUCAACAUAUCCGGUGGACUUGACCAUCAACGGUAACAUGAUUGGGGUAGCAGACCUUAUGAAGUCUGUGUCAUUAGUCGAGUUCGUUCCCGGCAAGGACGGCAACCCUCCCGAGCUCGUUGAGCAGGCACGCCACUAUCAAUCGGCAUGGGGUACUGCGGUAUGCCAUGUGGAGGACGAAUCCUGGCUGGAGGCGGAUGCCCAAGGUAAUCUCAUGGUGCUGAGACGAAACCCAGGAGCAGUUAUGCUCGAAGACAGGAGACGCCUGGAGAUGACCAGCGAAUUUAAUCUCGGUGAGAUGGUGAACAAGAUCCGCAAGAUCUCGGUCGAGACGGGCCCGAAUGCCAUGAUCAUCCCCAGGGCAUUCUUGGGAACGGUCGAGGGCGCCAUCUACAUGUUCGGCACUAUUGCGCCGCACUCCCAGGACCUUCUGAUGCGCUUCCAGGCGAAACUGGCCAAUAUUAUCCAGACGCCGGGGAACGUCCAGUUCAGAUCCUACCGGGCAUUCCGAAAUGCGGAGCGGGAAGGCGAUGGGCCCUUCCGGUUCCUCGACGGCGAGCUCCUGGAGAGGUUUUUGGAUGUCGACGAGGAGAUCCAAGAGGCGAUCUGCCAGGGGCUUGGGCCAUCUGUGGAAGACAUGCGGAAUAUCGUGGAGGAGCUCAAGCGCAUGCACUGAAAGUGAGAUUCCGUGCGCCCUGUCGCCCCGGAACGUCACCGGCAUCCUACAACAUUGUACGUAUUUUGUAAUUGCAAGAUGGAUGAAAGUAGACGACCCCUCAGGGCAAGGUACCUAGGUAAUUGGAACCUCCAAGACGGUCUGCCUGGCAGCCUGGCACCAAGGAUGACCAGCUGGUCGGGAAGAUUCGGAGUGACGGGUCUAAAUCACGUGAUUCCCCACACCAGCCAAUCAGAGUUCGUC